GAUGAAGUGGACAGUUUGAGUCCUGUUCUCAGGGACAACCCUCAGCUUCAUGAAGAGGUCAGGUUCUGGCUCAAAGAUCAAAAGGUUCAGGAAAUUUUUAUGCAAGGUAAGAAACACUGAAUCAUGUAUUUAAUAUUUAACAAACCCAACCAACUUGUCUGUUCACUGUGAUGAUGCGUAGUCCUUUGAACAGCACCCUAUUCCAUAUAUAGUGCACUACUUUAGACUAGAGCCUCAUGGGGCCAUAUAUAGUGCACUACUUUAGACUAGAGCCUCAUGGGGCCAUAUAUAGUGCACUACUUUAGACUAGAGCCUCAUGGGGCCAUAUAUAGUGCACUACUUUAGACUAGAGCCUCAUGGGGCCAUAUAUAGUGCACUACUUUAGACUAGAGCCUCAUGGGGCCAUAUAUAGUGCACUACUUUAGACUAGAGCCUCAUGGGGCCAUAUAUAGUGCACUACUUUAGACUAGAGCCUCAUGGGGCCAUAUAUAGUGCACUACUUUAGACUAGAGCCUCAUGGGGCCAUAUAUAGUGCACUACUUUAGACUAGAGCCUCAUGGGGCCAUAUAUAGUGCACUACUUUAGACUAGAGCCUCAUGGGGCCAUAUAUAGUGCACUACUUUAGACUAGAGCCUCAUGGGGCCAUAUAUAGUGCACUACUUUAGACUAGAGCCUCAUGGGGCCAUAUAUAGUGCACUACUUUAGACUAGAGCCUCAUGGGGCCAUAUAUAGUGCACUACUUUAGACUAGAGCCUCAUGGGGCCAAAUGCUAGGUGCCACUACGACAGACAGAGCCAGGGGCCCAGGACAGAGACAGCCCAGGACCAAACCAGGACUAGAGACAGAGCCCAUGGGCCCAGAAAGAGCCCAGGACAGAGCCCAGGGGGAUCAGAGCAGAGCCUAGACUAGAGCCUCAGGGGUCAUUCUAGGCCACGAAUAGACUAGAGCCUCUGGGGCCAUGUAUCUAUCCACUUUAGACAGAUGCCUCAGGGGGCCAAAAGUGACUCUUUAGACUGCCUCAGUGGCAUGUUGUGAUACUUAAGACUAGAGCUCAUGGGGCUGUAUUAGUCACUACUUUUAGAUAGGACCAGAGGGCCUGUAUGUAGCAGUAUGUUGUAAGGACCAGGGGAAUGUCUGUUAGAUCAGUGUUUGUAGGCCCAGAGGAGACGGUCAUGGAGCCCAGUGUGGUAAAGGACCAGAGGAGACUGUCCGUAGGACAGUGCGUGACAGGACCAGAGCCGGGGACGGUCUGUUAGUCAGGUGUUCGUAAGGCCCAGAGGAGACUGUCUGUAGUCAGGUGUUGUAGGACCAGAGGAGGACUGCUGUAGUCAUGUGUUGUAAGGACCAGAGGAGACUGUUGUGGUCAGUGGUGUAAGGACCAGAGGAGACUGUCUGUUGUCAGUGUGUUGUAAGGACCAGAGGAGCUGUCUGUUAGUCAGUGUGUUGUAAGGACCAGAGGAGAUGUCUGUUGGUCAGUGUGUUGUAAGGACCAGAGGGCUGUCUGUUAGUCAGUGUGUUGUAAGGACCAGAGGAGACUGUCUGUUGGUCAGUGUGUUGUAAGGACCAGAGGAGACUGUCUGUUGGUCAGUGUGUUGUAAGGACCAGAGGAGACUGUCUGUUAGUCAGUGUGUUGUAAGGACCAGAGGAGCAUGUCUGUUAGUCAGUGUGUUGUAGGACCAGAGGAGCCUGUCUGUUAGUCAGUGUGUUGUAAGGACCAGAGAGACUGUCUGUUGUCAGUGUGUUGGUAAGGACCAGAGGAGACUGUCUGUUAGUCAGUGUGUUGUAAGGACCCAGAGGAGACUGUCUGUUAGUCAGUGUGUUGUAAGGACAGAGGAGACUGUCUGUUGGUCAGUGUUUGUAAGGUCAGAGAGACUGUCUGUUAGUCAGUGUGUUGUAAGGACCAGAGGAGCCUGUCUGUUAGUCAGUGUGUGUAAGACCAGAGGAGCUGCUGUUGUCAGUUGUGAUGUAAGCAGACUCAGAGGAGACUGUCUGUUAGUCAGUGUGUUGUAGACAGGACUCAGAGGAGCUGUCUGUUAGUCAGUGUUUGUAAGGACAGAGAGCCUGUCUGUUGGUCAUAGUGUGUUGUAAGGCCAGAUGGAGACGUCUGUUAGGUCAGUGUGUUGUAAGGACCAUGAGGAGACUGUCUGUUAGUGCAGUGUUGUAAGGACCAAGGAGCUGUCUGUUAGUCCAGUGUGUGUAAGGACCAGACUCAGGGACGUCUGUUAGUCAGUGUUGUAAGGACCAGACUCAGAGGAGCCAGUCUGUAGUCAGUGUUUGAAGGACAGAGGAGCUGUCUGUAGUCCAGUGUGCUUGUAGGACCAGAGGAGCUGUCUGUGGUCAGUGUGUGUAAGACAGCUCAUGGGAGGAAGACUGUCUGUUAGUCAUGUGUUGUAAGGACCAGAGGAGACUGUCUGUUAGUCAGUGUGUUGUAAGGACCAGAGGGACUGUCUGUUAGUCAGUGUAUGUAAGGACCACAGGAGCCCUGUCUGUAGUCAGUGGUUGUAAGAGCCAGGAAUGCAGAAGGAGACUGUCUGUUAGUCAGUGUGUUGUAAGGACCAGGACAGAAACUUCUGUUAGUCAGUGUGUUUAAGGACCAGACAGAGGAGACUGUUGUUAGUCCAGUGUUUGUAAGGACCAGAGGAGACUUCUGUUAGUCAGGUGUUGUAAGGACCAGGACAGGAGACUGUCGUUGUCAGUGUGUUGUAAGGACCAGACAGACGUCUGUAGUCAGUGUGUUUAAGGACCAAGGAGACUGUCUGUUCAGUGUGUGUAAGGACCAGGGAGACUGUCUGUUAGUCAGUGUUGUAAGACCACAGGGGCUGUCUGUGUCAGUGUGUGUAAGGACCAGAUAUCAGAGGAGACUGUCUGUUAGUCAGUGUGUUGUAAGGACCAGAGGAGACUGUCUGUUAGUCAGUGUGUUGUAAGGACCAGAGAGGAGACUGUCUGUUAGUCAGUGUGUUGUAAGGACCAGAGGAGACUGUCUGUUAGUCAGUGUGUUGUAAGGACCAGAGGAGACUGUCUGUUAGUCAGUGUGUUGUAAGGACCAGAGGAGACUGUCUGUUAGUCAGUGUGUUGUAAGGACCAGAGGAGACUGUCUGUUGGUCAGUGUGUUGUAAGGACCAGAGGAGACUGUUGUUAGUCAUGUGUUGUUAAGGACCAGAGGAGACUGUCUGUUGGUCAGUGUGUUGUAAGGACGCAGAGGACGGACUGGUCUGUUUGGUCAGGUGUUGUAAGGACCAGAGGAGCCUGUCUGUUAGUCAGUGUGUGUAAGGACCAGAGGAGACUGUCUGUUGGUCAGUGUGUUGUAAGGACCAGAGGAGCUGUCUGUAGUCAGUGUGUCGUAAGGACCAGAGAGACUGUCUGUGGUCAGUGUGUUGUAAGGAGCCAUGAGAACUGUGUAGUCAGUGGUUUGAAGGACCAGAGGAGACUGUCUGUUUAGUCAGGCCUCUGAUAUUGAAGAUCUCGAGUGGCUGUUUUAAGGACAGGUGCGUUGUGAAGCGUUUAAGGCAGCCUCUGAUCUGAUGUAGUCCAGUGGGUUUAAUGGACCAGGAUAGACGUGAGCGUUAAGCGGCCUCUGUAUGAGUCAGUCUCAGUGGGUUAAUGGACCAGGAGAGACAGGGUGAAGCGUUAGUCAGGCCUCUGAUAUUGAAUGUAGUCAUCAGAGGAGAGACGUUGUGAAGCGUUUUAAGGCAGGCCUUGAUAUUGAAUGUAGUCUCGUGGGUAAUGGCAAGGUAGACAGUGUAAGCGUUUAAGGCAGGCCUCUGAUAUUGAAUGUAGUCCAGUGUGCGUUAAUGGACCAGAGGAGAGACGUGUGAAGCGGUUUUAAGGCAGGCCUCUGAUAUUGAAUGUAGUCUCAGUGGUGUAAGGACAAGGAGACAGUGAGCGUUUAAGGCAGGCUCUGAUAUUGAAUGUAGUCCAGUGUGGUUAAUGGACAGAGAGCAGUGUGAAGCGUUUAAGGAGGCCUCUGAUAUGAAUGUAGUCAGUGUGUUUAAGGACAGUGUGAAGCGUUAAGGACGGCUCUGAUAUUGAAGUAGUCUCAGUGGGUUAAUGGCAAGGAGGACAGUGUGAAGCGUUUAAGGAGCCUCUGAUAUUGAUGUAGUCCAGGUGUGUUAAUGGACCAGGAGAGACAGUGGAAGCGUUAAGGCGGCCUCUGAUAUUGAUGUAGUCGUGGUGUUAAGGACCAGAGGAGACGUUGUGAAGCGUUUAAGGCAGGCCUCUGAUAUUGAAUGUGAGUCCAGUGGCGUUAAUGGACAAGGGAGACAGUGUUGAAGCGUUUAAGGCAGGCCUCUGAUAUUGAAUGUAGUCUCAGUGGUGUUAAUGGACCAAGGAGAGACAGUGUGAAGCGUUUAAGGCAGGCCUCUGAUAUUGAAUGUAGUCUCAGUGGCGUUAAUGGCAAGAGAGACAGUGUGAAGCGUUUAAGGCAGGCCUCUGAUAUUGAAUGUAGUCCCAGUGGCGUUAAUGGACAAGGAGAGACAGUGUGAAGCGUUUAAGGCAGGCCUCUGAUAUUGAAUGUAGUCCCAGUGGUGUAAUGGACAAGGAGAGACAGUGUGAAGCGUUUAAGGCAGGCCUCUGAUAUUGAAUGUAGUCUCAGUGGCGUUAAUGGCCAGAGAGAGACAGUGUGAAGCGUUUAAGGCAGGCCUCUGAUAUUGAAUGUAGUCUCAGUGGCGUUAAUGGACAAGGAGAGACAGUGUGAAGCGUUUAAGGCAGGCCUCUGAUAUUGAAUGUAGUCCCAGUGGCGUUAAUGGACAAGGAGAGACAGUGUGAAGCGUUUAAGGCAGGCCUCUGAUAUUGAAUGUAGUCUCAGUGGCGUUAAUGGACAAGGAGAGACAGUGUGAAGCGUUUAAGAGGAGGAGAGAGAGGACAGUGUGAAGGUUUAAGAGGCCUCUGAUAUUGAAUGUAGUCCAGUUUAAUGGAGAGGAGAGACAGUGUGAAGCGUUAAGGCAGGCCUCUGAUAUUGAAUUGUAGUCUCAGUUGUGUAAUGGAAAGAGAGACAGUGUGAAGCGUGGGAGCCUCUAGGUCUCAGUGCGUUAAUGGCCAGGAGAGUGAAGCGUUUAAGGCAGGCCUCUGAUAUUGAAUGUAGUCCCAGUGGCGUUAAUGGACAAGGAGAGACAGUGUGAAGCGUUUAAGGCAGGCCUCUGAUAUUGAAUGUAGUCUCAGUGGUGUUAAUGGACAAGAGAGACAGUGUGAAGCGUUUAAGGUCCAGGCCGUCUGAUAUUGAAUGUAGUCCCUAGUGGGCGUUAAUGGACAAGGAGAGACAGUGGAAGCGUUUAAGGCAAGGCCUCUGAUAUUGAAUGUAGUCUCAGUGGUGUUAAUGGCCAGAAGAGAGACAGUGUGACAGCGUUUAAGGCAGGCCUCUGAUAUUGAAUGUAGUCUCAGUGGUGUUAAUGGACAAGGAGAGACAGUGGUGAAGCGUUUAAGGCAGGCCUCUGAUAUUGAAUGUAGUCUCAGUGGUGUUAAUGGACAAGGAGAGACAGUGUGAAGCGUUUAAGGCAGGCCUCUGAUAUUGAAUGUAGUCUCAGUGGUGUUAAUGGACAAGGAGACAGUGUGAAGCGUUUAAGGCAGGCCUCUGAUAUUGAAUGUAGUCUCAGUGGUGUUAAUGGACAAGGAGAGACAGUGUGAAGCGUUUAAGGCAGGCCUCUGAUAUUGAAUGUAGUCUCAGUGGUGUUAAUGGACAAGGAGAGACAGUGUGAAGCGUUUAAGGCAGGCCUCUGAUAUUGAAUGUAGUCCUCAGUGGCGUUAAUGGACAAGGAGAGACAGUGUGAAGCGUUUAAGGCAGGCCUCUGAUAUUGAAUGUAGUCUCAGUGGCGUUAAUGGACAAGGAGAGACAGUGUGAAGCGUUUAAGGCAGGCCUCUGAUAUUGAAUGUAGUCUCAGUGGCGUUAAUGGACAAGGAGAGACAGUGUGAAGCGUUUAAGGCAGGCCUCUGAUAUUGAAUGUAGUCUCAGUGGCGUUAAUGGACAAGGAGAGACAGUGUGAAGCGUUUAAGGCAGGCCUCUGAUAUUGAAUGUAGUCUCAGUGGCGUUAAUGGACAAGGAGAGACAGUGUGAAGCGUUUAAGGCAGGCCUCUGAUAUUGAAUGUAGUCCUCAGUGGCGUUAAUUGGCAAGGAGAGAAUGUGAAGCGUUUAAGGCAGGCCUCUGAUAUUGAUGUAGUCCCGUGGUGUUAAUGGAGAGACAGUGUGAAGCGUUUAAGGCAGGCCUCUGAUAUUGAAUGUAGUCUCAGUGGUGUUAAUGGACAAGGAGAGACAGUGUGAAGCGUUUAAGGCAGGCCUCUGAUAUUGAAUGUAGUCUCAGUGGUGUUAAUGGACAAGGAGAGACAGUGUGAAGCGUUUAAGGCAGGCCUCUGAUAUUGAAUGUAGUCUCAGUGGUGUUAAUGGACAGAGAGAGACAGUGUGAAGCGUUUAAGGCAGGCCUCUGAUAUUGAAUGUAGUCUCAGUGGUGUUAAUGGACAAGGAGAGACAGUGUGAAGCGUUUAAGGCAGGCCUCUGAUAUUGAAUGUAGUCUCAGUGGUGUUAAUGGCCAGAGAGAGACAGUGUGAAGCGUUUAAGGCAGGCCUCUGAUAUUGAAUGUAGUCCCAGUGGCGUUAAUGGCCAGAGAGAGACAGUGUGAAGCGUUUAAGGCAGGCCUCUGAUAUUGAAUGUAGUCCCAGUGGCGUUAAUGGACAAGGAGAGACAGUGUGAAGCGUUUAAGGCAGGCCUCUGAUAUUGAAUGUAGUCUCCAGUGGUGUUAAUGGACAAGGAGAGACAGUGUGAAGCGUUUAAGGCAGGCCUCUGAUAUUGAAUGUAGUCUCAGUGGCGUUAAUGGACAAGGAGAGACAGUGUGAAGCGUUUAAGGCAGGCCUCUGAUAUUGAAUGUAGUCUCAGUGGCGUUAAUGGACAAGGAGAGACAGUGUGAAGCGUUUAAGGCAGGCCUCUGAUAUUGAAUGUAGUCCCAGUGGCGUUAAUGGACAAGGAGAGACAGUGUGAAGCGUUUAAGGCAGGCCUCUGAUAUUGAAUGUAGUCUCAGUGGUGUUAAUGGACAAGGAGAGACAGUGUGAAGCGUUUAAGGCAGGCCUCUGAUAUUGAAUGUAGUCUCAGUGGCGUUAAUGGACAAGGAGAGACAGUGUGAAGCGUUUAAGGCAGGCCUCUGAUAUUGAAUGUAGUCUCAGUGGUGUUAAUGGACAAGGAGAGACAGUGUGAAGCGUUUAAGGCAGGCCUCUGAUAUUGAAUGUAGUCUCAGUGGCGUUAAUGGACAAGGAGAGACAGUGUGAAGCGUUUAAGGCAGGCCUCUGAUAUUGAAUGUAGUCCCAGUGGUGUUAAUGGACAAGGAGAGACAGUGUGAAGCGUUUAAGGCAGGCCUCUGAUAUUGAAUGUAGUCUCAGUGGUGUUAAUGGCCAGAGAGAGACAGUGUGAAGCGUUUAAGGCAGGCCUCUGAUAUUGAAUGUAGUCUCAGUGGUGUUAAUGGACAAGGAGAGACAGUGUGAAGCGUUUAAGGCAGGCCUCUGAUAUUGAAUGUAGUCCAGUGGUGUUAAUGGCCAGAGAGAGACAGUGUGAAGCGUUUAAGGCAGGCCUCUGAUAUUGAAUGUAGUCUCAGUGGUGUUAAUGGACAAGGAGAGACAGUGUGAAGCGUUUAAGGCAGGCCUCUGAUAUUGAAUGUAGUCUCAGUGGUGUUAAUGGACAAGGAGAGACAGUGUGAAGCGUUUAAGGCAGGCCUCUGAUAUUGAAUGUAGUCUCAGUGGCGUUAAUGGCAAGGAGAGACAGUGUGAAGCGUUUAAGGCAGGCCUCUGAUAUUGAAUGUAGUCUCAGUGGGUUAAUGGACAAGGAGAGACAGUGUGAAGCGUUUAAGGCAGGCCUCUGAUAUUGAAUGUAGUCUCAGUGGCGUUAAUGGACAAGGAGAGACAGUGUGAAGCGUUUAAGGCAGGCCUCUGAUAUUGAAUGUAGUCUCAGUGGGUUAAUGGACAAGGAGAGACAGUGUGAAGCGUUUAAGGCAGGCCUCUGAUAUUGAAUGUAGUCUCAGUGGUGUAAUGGACAAGGAGAGACAGUGUGAAGCGUUUAAGGCAGGCCUCUGAUAUUGAAUGUAGUCUCAGUGGUGUAAUGGACAAGGAGAGACAGUGUGAAGCGUUUAAGGCAGGCCUCUGAUAUUGAAUGUAGUCCCAGUGGUGUUAAUGGACAAGGAGAGACAGUGUGAAGCGUUUAAGGCAGGCCUCUGAUAUUGAAUGUAGUCUCAGUGGCGUUAAUGGACAAGGAGAGACAGUGUGAAGCGUUUAAGGCAGGCCUCUGAUAUUGAAUGUAGUCCAGUGGUGUUAAUGGACAAGGAGAGACAGUGUGAAGCGUUUAAGGCAGGCCUCUGAUAUGAAUGUAGCUAAGAGGAGAGACGUGUGAAGCGUUUAGGCAGGCCUCUGAAUGAAUGUAGCUAAGGAGAGACAGUGUGAAGCGUUUAAGGCAGGCCUCGAUAUUGAUGAGUCUCAGGAGAGACAGUGUGAAGCGUUAAGGCAGGCCUUGAUAUUGAAUGUAGUCUCAGAGGAGAGACAGUGUGAAGCGUUUAAGGCAGGCCUCUGAUAUUGAAUGUAGUCUCAGUGGUGUUAAUGGCCAGAGAGAGACAGUGUGAAGCGUUUAAGGCAGGCCUCUGAUAUUGAAUGUAGUCUCAGUGGUGUUAAUGGCCAGAGAGAGACAGUGUGAAGCGUUUAAGGCAGGCCUCUGAUAUUGAAUGUAGUCUCAGAGGAGAGACAGUGUGAAGCGUUUAAGGCAGGCCUCUGAUAUUGAAUGUAGUCUCAGGGAGAGACAGUGUGAAGGUUUAAGGCAGCUCGAAUUGAAUGUAGUCUCAAGGUAGGACAGUGGAAGCGUUUAAGGCAGGCCUCUGAUAUUGAAUGUAGUCUCAGAGGAGAGACAGUGUGAGUUUAAGGCAGGCUUAUAUGAGUAGUCUCAGAGGAGAGACAGUGUGAAGCGUUUAAGGCAGGCCUCUGAUAUUGAAUGUAGUCUCAGAGGAGAGACAGUGUGAAGCGUUUAAGGCAGGCCUCUGAUAUUGAAUGUAGUCUCAGAGGAGAGACAGUGUGAAGCGUUUAAGGCAGGCCUCUGAUAUUGAAUGGUAGUCUCAGAGGAGAGACAGUGUGAAGCGUUUAAGGCAGGCCUCUGAUAUUGAAUGUAGUCUCAGAGGAGAGACAUGUGAAGCGUUUAAGGGCAGGCCUCUGAUAUGAAUGUAGUCUCAGAGGAGAGACAGUGUGAAGCGUUUAAGGCAGGGCCUCUGAUAUUGAAUGUAGUCUCAGAGGAGAGACAGUGUGAAGCGUUUAAGGCAGGCCUCUGAUAUUGAAUGUAGUCUCAGAGGAGAGACAGUGUGAAGCGUUUAAGGCAGGCCUCUGAUAUUGAAUGUAGUCUCAGAGGAGAGACCAGUGUGGAAGCGUUUAAGGCAGGCCUCUGAUAUUGAAUGUAGUCUCAGAGGAGAGACAGUGUGAAGCGUUUAAGGCAGGGCCUCUGAUAUUGAAUGUAGUCCCAGAGGAGAGACAGUGUGAAGCGUUUAAGGCAGGCCUCUGAUAUUGAAUGUAGUCUCAGAGGAGAGACAGUGUGAAGCGUUUAAGGCAGGCCUCUGAUAUUGAAUGUAGUCUCAGAGGAGAGACAGUGUGAAGCGUUUAAGGCAGGCCUCUGAUAUUGAAUGUAGUCCCAGAGGAGAGACAGUGUGAAGCGUUUAAGGCAGGCCUCUGAUAUUGAAUGUAGUCUCAGAGGAGAGACAGUGUGAAGCGUUUAAGGCAGGCCUCUGAUAUUGAAUGUAGUCUCAGAGGAGAGACAGUGUGAAGCGUUUAAGGCAGGCCUCUGAUAUUGAAUGCCCAUAGCGGCUCUGGAAGAAUAUCUAGCCUAGUUACAGAUAUCUGAAUGUGUAUCUCAGGUGGUAUAACUGGAUGUCUUUCAGACUGUAUUUAACCCCCACGUUGCUCCUGUUCUCCUCCAGGUCCCUAUUCAUUAAAUGGCUACCGGGUCCGUGUUUACAGACAAGACUCAGCUACUCAGUGGUUCACAGGGAUCAUCACACAUCAUGACCUCUUCAGCCGUACUAUGGUUGUGAUGAAUGACCAGGUAAAGACCUCCUGCAGAGGAAAGACACCGGAGGGAACGCCGCGCCGACGCGGCAGAGGAAAGACAACCGCGAGGCAGCCGGCGCGACGCGGCAGAGGAAAGGACACCGAGAGACGCCGCAGCACGCGGCAGAGGAAAGACAACGCGAGGACCCGCGCGACGCGGCAGAGGAAAGACACCGCGAGACGCCGACGAGACGAGGCAGAGGAAAGACACGCGAGACGCCGCGCGACGCGGCAGAGGAAAGACACCGCGUAGACGCGCGCGGCGACUCGGCAGAUGAAAGACACCGCGAGACGCCGCGCGACGCGGCAGAGGAAAGACACCGCGAGACGCCGCGCGGGACGCGGCAGAGGAAAGACACCGCGAGACGCCGCGCGCGACGCGGGUCAUAUUUAAAAUAACAUCAUACCCCUCUUUCAAUUAAAACUCUCUACUCUUCAUAUUAAAUACACCUCUAUACUCCUUCUCUACUCUUCAUAUUAAAUACACCUCUAUACUCCUCUCUACUCUUCAUAUUAAAUACAGUGAGGGAAAAAAGUAUUUGAUCCCCUGCUGAUUUUGUACGUUUGCCCGCUGACAAAGACAUGAUCAGUCUAUAAUUUUAAUGGUAGGUUUAUUUGAACAGUGAGAGACAGAAUAACAACAACAAAAUCCAGAAAAAUGCAUGUAAAAAAUGUUAGAUAUGUAUUUGCAUUUUAAUGAGGGAAAUAAGUAUUUGACCCCUCUGCAAAACAUGACUUAGUACUUGGUGGCAAAACCCUUGUUGGCAAUCACAGAGGUCAGACGUUUCUUGUAGUUGGCCACCAGGUUUACACACAGCUCAGGAGGGAUUUUGUCCCACUCCUCUUUGCAGAUCUUCACCAAGUCAUUAAGGUUUCGAGGCUGACGUUUGGCAACUCGAACCUUCAGCUCCCUCCACAGAUUUUCUAUGGGAUUAAGGUCUGGAGACUGGCUAGGCCACUCCAGGACCUUAAUGUGCUUCUUCUUGAGCCACUCCUUUGUUGCCUUGGCCGUGUGUUUUGGGUCAUUGUCAUGCUGGAAUACCCAUCCACGACCCAUUUUCAAUGCCCUGGCUGAGGGAAGGAGGUUCUCACCCAAGAUUUGACGGUACAUGGCCCCGUCCAUCGUCCCUUUGAUGCGGUGAAGUUGUCCUGUCCCCUUAGCAGAAAAACCCCUCCCAAAGCAUAAUGUUUCCACCUCCAUGUUUGACGGUGGGGAUGGUGUUCUUGGGGUCAUAGGCAGCAUUCCUCCUCCUCCAAACACGGUGAGUUGAGUUGAUGCCAAAGAGCUCAAUUUUGGUCUCAUCUGACCACAACACUUUCACCCAGUUCUCCUCUGAAUCAUUCCGAUGUUCAUUGGCAAACUUCAGACGGGCAUGUAUAUGUGCUUUCUUGAGCAGGGGGACCUUGCGGGCGCUGCAGGAUUUCAGUCCUUCACGGCGUAGUGUGUUACCAAUUGUUUUCUUGGUGACUAUGGUUCCAGUUGCAUUGAGAUCAUUGACAAGAUCCUCCCGUGUAGUUCUGGGCUGAUUCCUCACCGUUCUCAUGAUCAUUGCAACUCCACGAGGUGAGAUCUUGCAUGGAGCCCCAGGCCGAGGGAGAUUAACAGUUAUUUUGUGUUUCUUCCAUUUGUUGUCACCUUCUCACCAAGCUGCUUGGCGAUGGUCUUGUAGCCCAUUCCAGUCUUGUGUAGGUCUACAAUCUUGUCCCUGACAUCCUUGGAGAGCUCUUUGGUCUUGGCCAUGGUGGAGAGUUUGGAAUCUGAUUUAUUGAUUGCUUCUGUGGACAGGUGUCUUUUAUACAGGUAACAAGCUGAGAUUAGGAGCACUCCCUUUAAGAGUGUGCUCCUAAUCUCAGCUCGUUACCUGUAUAAAAGACACCUGGGAGCCAGAAAUCUUUCUGAUUGAGAGGGGGUCAAAUACUUAUUUCCCUCAUUGAAAUGCAAAUCAAUUUAUAACAUUUCUGACAUGUGUUUUUCUGGAGUUUUUUGUUGUUAUUCUGUCUCUCACUGUUCAAAUAAACCUACCAUUAAAAUUAUAGACUGAUCAUGUCUUUGUCAGUGGGCAAACGUACAAAAUCAGCAGGGGAUCAAAUACUUUUUUCCCUCACUGUACUCCUCUAUACUCCUCUCUCUACUCUUCAUAUUAAAUACACCUCUACACUCCUCUCUCUUAAGACAUUCACCUCACCUUAUGGACACUAAAUCCCCUCAUUGUUGUAAGUUGUAUUUUUUUCCUACACAAAUGUAGAAGACAUACUUUAAUAAUGUCUUUACAUGUCAAACAUCAUGUGGUCUCCCUCUCCUAGGUUCUAGAGCCCCAGAACGUUGACCCAUCUACGAUACAGAUGACCUUUCUAGACGAUGUUGUCCACUCUCUGCUGAAAGGAGAGAACAUCGGCAUCCAGUCCAGACGCAGGUCCCGUUCCAGCAACAACCAGAACAACUCUGCCCACGUGAGUACACACACACACACACACACACACACACACACACACACACACACACACCCGCACGCACACCCGCACGCACGCACGCACGCACGCACGCACGCACGCACGCACGCACGCACGCACGCACACACACACACACACACACAGUAACACACACACAGUAACACACACACACACACACACACCACAACACACACACACACACACACACAUCCACACACAGACACACACACCACCACACCCACCCACACACACCCACCCAACACACACACACACACACACACCCACCAACCCACACACACACACACCACACACACCACACACACCACACACACACACACCACACACACACACCACCACACACACACACACACACCACCACCACACACACCAAACAACACACCACCACACCACACACACACACCACACACACACCCACACACACAAACACCACCCCCACACCACACAAACACAACCACCACACACACACACCACACCCACAACACACACACCACCACACAACACACACACCCACACCCACACACACCACACACCCACACCACAACCCACCCCACCACACACACAACACCUAACACACCACACACCCAUAACACCACACACACGACACACCACACACACUGAAACACACACCACACUGUAACACACACGUAACACACACACCCACUAACACACACUGUAACACACACACACACCACACACAUACACACACACAACACCACACCACACACACACACACACCACACACACACAACACACACACAGUAACACCCACACACACACACACACACACAGUAACACACAUACACACACACACACUGUAACACACACACACACACUACACACACACCACACAACACACACACACACACCAAAACACACACAAACCACACACCCAGCCACACACACACACACACACCACACACCAACACACACACCACCCCACACACACACACACACACACACACACACACACACCAUAAACCCACGCCCCGCCGUCCACACACCACACAGUACACAACACCACACCACAGUAACACCACACCACUGAACACAACCCACCUGUAACACACACGUACAACACACUGUAACACACACAUGUAACCCCAACACUGUAACCAACCACAACACUGUAACACACACUGUAACACACACACUGUAACACACACAGUAACACACACACACUGUAACACACACAGUAACACACACACACUGUAACACACACACACUGUAACACACACACACACACACACACACUGUAACACACACACACAGUAACACACACACACACAGUAACACACACGCGCGCUCUAAAACACACACACAGCUGGAAGCAGCUGGUCAUCAUCAACAGUCUGUCAGUGUUAAUACGUUUGCUGCUUGUUAGUGUCACGUUACCUGUUAGUCCAUUGGUGCUGAUCCACUAUUUGUUUUUACAUGUUUUUGUUGGCGUGUCAGUUUGUCUUUAUACUUUCCACCUGCUGUCUGUCAGUGUGUACAGCUUUAAAGUAAACUUCCCAUGUGAUUGGAUCCUUUAAAGGAAACUUCCCAUGUGAUUGGUAUGCUUCAUUUAAAAAAACAAAAAAAGCCAAUCAGUCAAUGGUAUCACUGGUCCCUUCAUCAUUAACCAGAUCUUUCUGUCCCACCAUGUUGUUGUUUUCUAAUUGAUCAUUUGUGGUAUGCCAGCAGACAGCAGGAGGGAGACCCACCAGCACCACAGGAAGAGAGCAGGUACCACCGGCCAGAGGCCUCCUCUCCUCCUCUGUAGUAGUAGUAGUAUAGUAUAGUAGUACAUACACAAAAUAAACACACACACAAUUAAAUCACCCUCCCUGUACCAAUUACCCCCCCCCACAACACUAACAAUACACCCCCUAACACAAGUACACCCCAUAAUACCCUCUACUUAACCACCCCCAAAAGAAAACCCCCCCCCUGUAACAAGUAACCACCUCCCCCCUUAAAAAAUGUAACAACACACAUGCCACCAGUAAAAGAACAAGUCCCCCCAUUAAACAAUAACACCCCCCAAAAAAAACACCACCCCCACAAAUAAAAACCACUCCCCCCCCUAAACAGAACAGUAAAUGUCCCAACCCAUAAUAGUUACCACCUUCCAAGUUAGUAAUGUAAACAGUAUACACAUCAUGUAAAUAGUUUAGUAUAUACACUCCCCCCGAGUAGUAAAAUACCCAAGACCCCCCCUAAAGUAAAAACAACAGCCUCUCCAAAGAAACAAGUAUCCCCUCCCUUAUAUAACCAGUUCUCCCACCAUUGUACCCCAUGUAAAACAAGCCAGACCCUCACACAAGUAGAAAAACAGUAAACUCUCUCCCCUGUAACUACAUUAAGACACAAUGUAUAUACAAGUAGAUAGUCCAGAGUCCCCCCUUAUAAUAAUGUAUAAGAAGAUAGUACCAACCUUCCACUCUCCUCUAGUAAAGAGCUUUAUAAGGUAGAAGAAGUGUCCAAGCCACACUCUCCAUGUUA